AUGCGCCUGACGCAGAGCAUGUGCACCAUCGCCGAGUGCGCGCCCGGCGGGGAGGGCUGCCCCGCCGCCGCCGCCCGGCCCCGCCUCGUCAAGAUCGCGGUGGUGGGGGGCAGCGGCGUGGGCAAGACAGCGCUGGUGGUGCGGUUCCUCACCCGGCGGUUCAUCGGCGACUACGAGAGGAACGCAGGUAAUCUCUACAGCAGGCACAUCCAGAUAGACGGAGAGAUGUUGGCUAUUCAAGUGCAAGAUACUCCAGGAGUUCAGAUCCGUGAACACAGUCUGCAUUGUAAUGAGCAGUUGAACAGAUGCAUUCGCUGGGCAGAUGCCCUGGUGAUUGUCUUCUCCAUCACAGACUAUAAGAGCUAUGAACUACUCAGUCACCUUUACCAUCACAUUCGACAGUUGCAUCCAGGAAACGCAGUCCCUGUUGUCAUCGUCGCGAACAAAGCUGAUCUCUUGCAUGUCAAAGAGGUGGAGCCUCAGCAUGGACUUCAGCUGGCCAACAUGCUGGGCUGUACUUUCUAUGAAGUAUCUGUCAGUGAAAACUAUAACGAUGUCUUCAAUGCCUUCCAUCUCCUCUGUAAAGAAGUCAGUAAACAGCAAACAACCAGCACGCCCGAGAGAAGGAGAACCUCUCUUAUUCCACGGCCAAAAUCGCCCAACAUGCAGGAUCUGAAGAGGAGGUUUAAGCAAGCUUUGUCUGCCAAAGUGAGGACUGUCACUUCUGUUUGACAGCAGAGCCGUUGGUCUUCCCAGCCUUGAGCCUGAGAUUGAAACCUGGGGUGUUUAACACUGGCACAUCUGGAGCCCAAAGCAUUGUGAAAGAAGGAUGGUUCCGGUAGCCCUUUGCAUGGCUGUAGAAGUUUUUUAAAACCCAAAACUCUUGAAAUAGUUCUAGGAUGUGACUUGCAGAACAAGUAUUUUCAUUUGGAAAAGGAACUUUUCAGUAAAUGAAACAAGCUUUCAGUUUGCCUUUUUUCCAGUCGGACAGAUUUGGCUUUCAUUUGUGCAGAAACAACGUUUUAGCUGUAACUCAGCUGGUCCUUGAGCAGGGAAACACCCUGAACUGCAGUUCACUGUUCAGAAGUAACCACUCGAGUCUUGUUUUCACAUGGAUGAAGGACAGCACGAUGUAUCUGUUUAAUUUUAUUGCACAGUAGAACUGUUCAUUUCCCAUGUAUUUCAAAACAAAUAAGCAAACAUGAAAUCAUUCUGUAAAAGUAAGUGUAAAAUAAGUGGACAUGACUGGGUAUCAAGACUGUAAACAAUGGUCCUUUAUUUUUUUACUAGCUAUGUUAUUGCUGACAACUUGACCAGACUCUUUGUAUGCGAAACUAUUGUCUGCAGGGUGUAAACAUAUCUAAUUACAAAUAACUUGUGGGGUUUUUUACUGUCUGAAAAAAAUACUAUUCAGAUUAAAUGAUCCAACAUGGAGCUUUUGAGGAGUGAGUGUGGAGUUGGAGUGAUAGUUGAGUACAGCUGCCAGUGUAAGACACUUCUGUCUGUGUGCAAUAGGCACAGAAGGAAUGUGGCUGUGAUUCGGCUUGGUGUGAAGCAUGGCUGGCUCCAGGCAAUGAAGCUGGUGGUUUGUUCUGAGCUGAGCCAGUCCCUCUUCAUCCUUAAAACACAUGUGGCAGAUUUGUAUGUAUACAGGUUUGGUUUUUUUUUUUUACAUUGAGCCAACAGAGUUCACAGGCUAAAGGCCUUAUACACAUGCACUUUAAAAAGCCAGUUGUGCUUUUGUUUAAACUGUAACUUAUUUAUUUUGUGUACAGUUACUCCUCCUAGGGAGUGGACUUCUCAUUCUUACAGCCUGGUUCAACAUUAAAUUUUUGAAUUGCA